GCGGGGAGCCGAGCAGCGGGCACCGGGGCCGGCAUGGCGUGGCCCUGCAUCAGCCGCUUAUGCUGCCUGGCGCGGCGCUGGAACCAGCUGGACCGCUCCGACGUGGCAGUGCCGCUCACCCUGCACAGCUACUCGGACCUCGAGAGCGAGGAGCCCGGUGCAGGCGGCGCCGCUUCCCGCAGGGGCCCAUCUCCUGCUGGCACCCGGGACCCCGGCCGGGACGUGCCGCUCACUCAGUACCAGCGGGACUUCGGCGUGUGGACUGCCCCCGCGGGGCCCAGGGAUGCUCCGCAGGGGCGUGGGUCGGGUGUGGGCGGCCGCAGGAACAAGCACCCCACGGCCCCUGGCCGGGGUGUCUACGUGCUCCCCAUCGGCGACGCGGACUCGGCUGUGGUGACCACGUCGUACAGACAGGAGUUCCAGGCCUGGACUGGAGUGAAGCCGCCAAGAUCCACAAAGGCAAGACCUGCCACAGUCAUCACAACCCACAGCUCUGGAUGGGACAGCAGCCCCGGGGGUGGCUUCCAGUUGACGACUAGAAGGGAACACCAUACAUACUGGCAAAGAACUGGGAGCAUUUUUUGGGACGAAGUGGGAUUAUCCUCAUUCUCUGAAAGACUUUAACAUGUUAUCUACACCUAGAUGACUCCCACCCUGCUCUCUCACUUACAGUUGGGGGAGCUCACUGUGAGGAGGCAGCUGUCGGCUUUGGAAAGCUGCCUCCUUUGCCGGUAAGUCCCAGCCCAUGUGGCCACGCCGAGCGAGCCUGGCCCAGUUUGCACAGCCGGCGGUCAAACAUUCGAAGGCAUUUCUGUCCGCUCUUGGAGAUUAGAGGCACAGGCUAAGGACAGUUCUUGGUAAGGAAACUCCAGGAUUUCCCUGUGGGUCUUCCUCCCUCUCCAGCCCCCACGCAGCCGCGGACCUCCCGUUUCCCAGCCCCUCGAACGACUUGGAGCGGGGCUGGUCCCUCAGAGGGAGGGCUGGCUCUGGCUGGCACAGCCUUGCUCUUAGUGCAGUAAAGGAAAUGCUCUGAAUCAUUUUAAAGGCAGAACCAAAACCAUAUGCUUACACAAAGGGUUCUAUUAUUUCCGACUUCAUUGGUUUGCAUGCUAGACGUUUCUAAGAGAAAAGAGACUGCCUGCUGCUGUGCAUUCUGUGGGAAAUGAACAGAUUAACCGUACAAUCUCAGAUUUUACUAAAAUGCAAAAAUGUAUUGUUACAAUUUCUUGUUAGCUUAUUUCUUUAAUUAUAAACCUGGAGCGCCUUCUCAUACGUCUUUAUCAUCCUCUUGGACUUCCGCGUGUCGUGGCUAUUACUGGUUGUCCCUUGAAGGCUGACAAAUCCCAAGGUCUCUCCGUUUGGACUGCCAUCCACAGUGGUGUCUUAUGCGGUAUUCACAGGACACACCAACCUCCCCUCUUUCAUGUGCACUACCCUCCGCACUCCCGAGGCUAGGGUGAAAAGACCCUCUUUGAAGCUAGUCUUGGGCUAACUCCUGACUUCUGUACUCACUGUGAGCAGCUUCCAUUUCCUUAUCUGCAGAGUAAGGAGAACACCCCUACCUUGCUAGUAGGAGUUUCUGUUUACGGGCAGCGUGCUUAUUAGUACAGUGAAUGGCCAGCAAAGCACAAACAUGACAAUUGUCCUUUCCUGCCCAGGCCUCCCCCUUCUCAGGGAGCUGGCUCUGUUCUCCCUUGCAGGUUUGGCCCAUCUGAAGCCACUGACACAGUCCUUCUCCCUAGACCCUGCUUGUGUCCCCCUUCUCUCCCUGAGAGCCUGCAGACCAGACCGAAAGGCUGUACCUCAGCCGGAUCCCACAGGCCUGCCUUUCCUGGCAGCCUUGGCACCACAGCAGCGGGAGCAGCCCUGCCUCACGUGGCCUGCCUCUGAAGGCAGACUGCAUGCCCAGGAACCUUUUUGGAAUGCACCAGAACAGACAGCUUUUCACCAAACCCCUAACUCGAUAAUCCUCUUUACUAGGCUUCAUUAUUAGAAGACUCGGGUUCUGAAGAAGGAACUUCCACCCACUCUAGGUCUUAGUAAGGCCUACCAUCCCAUUAGGCUUUCCAAAGCAACUGAGACAGUAGUCUCGGGCGUGUGGUACUGAUCACAUAUAUACAACAGAGGAAAAUGCAGCGAAUACUAAUGGUGAUUAUCUUUGGGAAGGGGAAUUAUGGGUAACUAAAUUUUUUACACCUUACUAUAUUUGCUAAAGUUUCUAUAUAAUAAGCAUUUUGUAUUAAUUCUGUAAAGAGUAAUGUUUUUAAAAAUAAAAAGUUCAAUCUGUCAGCUAAUUUCAGCCAGAAGCAAGCAUUCAGUAUCAGUGAUUGCAUAACCAGUGUUAGCACUGCCAGCAGCUGCCAGAACUUGCCCUGAGGAUGCACCGUGACACCCAAGCAGAGUGGUGCCCCUGAAGUCCUCCCCCACAGCCGCUGAGACCAAGGUCCCGCCUUGUGCUCCAUGGUGCUUCAAAACUCAGAAAAACCCAGUACAAAUGAGAAUACUUUCAUACCUGUACUAACACCAGGAUUUUCAGCCAAACUCCUAAAAAGGAGCUUUUGAAAAACCUUGACCCUACAGCCCACCUGGGCAGACGGGGGAAUGUCCCCUUUAGUGGGGUCAGGUCUGCCAGCGCUGUUCACACAGGCUUCUGUCAGUAAGAGCGAGUCCCCAGCUGAGGAGCUGCCUGGGACAUGAAUCUCUGUCCUGGGGCUCCAGUCAAAACCGUGGCUGAGAUCAAUAUUCAGGAAAGGAGCCUAAGCAACACCCCUAUUCUCCCUCCCUCUGGACAUUUCGAUUCUCUAAAGGCUGAGGCGAAGUCUGGUCCCAGGAAAGCUACGGAUCUGGAAUCCCAAUCCCUCUGCCCUGCAGAACUUCCUGCCUUUGAAGAACCAAAGCUUUCAAAGCCCUUUGUCUUGUUAAGGGUGGAUGUAAAAAGUGGUCAUUUCUGAAAUGUUUCUGCAUUUUUGGUUUUUUAUUUUUUUUUAGCCAUUCUGCUAGCAGAUGGUCACAGCAGGGCUGUGUCCCCAGAGUAACUUCUUCCAGACCUCAGCAGAGACCAGUUCCAGCUUUCCAGACAGAGCAGUGUGCUUCUUCCUUAGACAACAGGAACGGUUUCCCUCCUUGCCUUGGCUUUGAGGAGGCGCCGAGGUCCAUUAGGUAGUUUUCCUUUGCCCCAAGCUGUCAGAAAUCCUUAUUUCUGGGUCCGUGUGCAUCUUCUAAAUUUUUUCCCCAGACUUUUAUGUAACUGUAAUCCUUUAUCUUGCACAGCUGCAAAUUCUUGGGAAGAAGUGGCAGGAUCAAUGUAAACACAAAUACCUGUACCUCUGCCUGCUCCCGGCUCCUUCGGACCUCGUGGAAGAACCACCCACCAAAGUGUAGUGCUUCGAACUCAGAAAAACCCAACACAAAUACUAAAAGGUUUAUUGUAGUUUUGUUACACAAUUAUGUUACAUGUUAUGAUAUAAAUACAUCUGAAACAUUAACACAUAUGGGAACUGUUAAAUGAUUUAAUAUUUCUUUUGCAAAAAGAUAAUUACUUUAGGCUUUCAUACCUGUAAUAAAUCGAUCUGUUCUCAUUGGGAUCAAAUCCUCCAUCCUGUAAAACUGUCACAGUCCGCUGCUGAAUAAAUUUAUGCACCUGUC